CUGCAAAGCAUUCAAGAGAAAUAGAUACUAAGAGCUGUCUGAGGACUAUCUGGAACUUAUUCACCAGAGCUUCCUCAGCUUGGCAUUCCUUCUGUGGGUACUGCAUUUAUAUUUGGAGAACUUCAAAUCGUGGCCUGGCCGGAUACUUGUGUGGUUCUUCAAAAGACUCUUCUUUGCCAGAAAGGAGAGCAUCUCCUGAGGACUUCUGUAUAGGAGGCUGACACACAGGGUGAAUGGUUUAUGAUCCAGGUUCCUUUCUAGGUUCCUAUAGGAAUCUGUAGGUAUAUGUUCACAUGAAAAUCAAUUGAGAAAGAACAAGGUGGGUCCAAGGACUGUCUGUGAGCCAGCUACAGGGUUUUUCAACACCAGAAGCAAGGAAGGAGGAGAAAAGUGCACUAGAUCAUUGUAGCUCAGGUCCAUCUCCAGUGGUGGCUGUAGUGGCUUUGGAUUGGCAGAAGAUCAUCACCUUCAGCAAGUCUGCACCCACAAGCUGUCAUCUGCUUCCAGCCUGACUGUGCCUCUGACCUCUGUAUCGCUGACAGAGUUUGUGUGACUGCUGAACUGACAAGUAACUCUAACUCUUGCUACCACAAAUUUUCCCUGACCUAGCAAAGAGUGUUAAGGCACCUAAUAGAGACACUAAGAACUGAGGCCAAGACUACCCAAGACUUCAGUCAUGCCUGGGAAUAAGAAUAAGAUGAGAGCCCAAGCAAAAACUGAAAAAAAGACAGGUGUACAGGCUAAAGCUGGAACAGAGAGGGAAGCUGCUGGUGCGGGCAAGCCUGUAGCUAAGACCCGAGCCAAAGCCAAAGCCAAAGCAGGGUCUAAGGCUGUUCCACUGGCUGAGGUGAAGACAAUGUCUAAGAACAGGGCUGUUGCUGAGAUCAAGGAAGGAGCCAUGUCAGAGCCUAAGACUCCAGCCAAAGCAGUGGCAGAUUGUAGUCCAAGGACUAAGGGUGACACUAGCAGAUCCACAGGUAAAAAUGAGGCUGGUACUGAUAGCUGCUUCUGGGCUGGGAAAGAGGCUGGGAUCAAUACCUGGGUGUGUAAUGGAGAAGAGGCAGGUAAUCGUCCCAGGGCUAAGGAUGAAAAGAAAACUACUGUCAGGGCCCGGGUCUCUGCUAAAGAGUCGGAGGCUGUGUCUGGGCCCAGCUGCAAGCCUGGGUCAGGGGCUGAGGAAGAGGAGGAAGAAACUGUUAUCGGGAACUGGUUUUGGGAAGGAGAUGAUACUAGUUUUGACCCUAAUCCUAAACCUGUGUGCAGGAUAAUUAGGCCCCAGCCUGUGGAUGAAAUUAAUGAAAAAAAUAGGCCCAAGGACUGGUCCGAGGUCACUAUCUGGCCUAAAGCCCCUGCUGUAACUCCAGCAGUGCUGGGAUUUCGAUCUCAGGCCCCAUCUGAGACAAAGCCUUCUUCGUAUGUUGUUCUGGCCUCAGCUGAGGAAAAUACCCGUUCUUUGCCUGCAACAACAGCUUGCUCUUCUAGGGGCGCUCGCUCAAACUCACAGCCUGUCCCUGAGUACCCGUUUGGAGCUGACCCUUGCAUCCAGACCCUAGAUGAAAUUAGACGCCAAAUCAAGAUCAGGGAGGUAAAUGGGAUUAAGCCAUUUGCUUGCCCUUGUAAAAUGGAAUGCUACAUGAAUUCUGAGGAAUUUGAAAAACUUGUUAGUAUACUGAAGUCAACUACUGAUCCUCUCAUUCAUAAAAUAGCACAAAUUGCAAUGGGCAUCCAUAAGGUUCAUCCAUUUGCCCAAGAAUUCAUCAAUGAGGUGGGUGUAGUGACACUUAUUGAAAGUUUGCUCAGUUUUCCUUCCCCCGAUAUGAGAAAAAAGACUGUAAUUACUCUGAAUCCUCCUUCUGGGGGUGAAAGACAACACAAGGUUGAAUUACAUGUUAAGCAUAUGUGUAAGGAAACCGUAUCUUUUCCAUUGAACUCACCUGGGCAGCAAUCUGGAUUAAAGAUACUAGGGCAACUGACGACUGAGUCUGUCCAUCACUAUAUUGUUGCCAAUUACUUUUCAGAGCUCUUCAAUUUACUUUCCCAGGGAAAUCGUAAAACCAGAAAUCUUGUUCUGAAAUUGCUUUUGAAUAUGUCUGAAAAUCCAUCUGCAGCCAGAGACAUGAUCAACAUGAAGGCAUUGACAGCAUUAAAACUCAUCUUUAACCAGAAUGAGGCAAAAGCCAACCUUGUUACUGCUGUGGCCAUAUUUAUUAACAUAAAGGAGCAUAUCAGAAAGGGCUCAAUUGUAGUUGUUGAUCACUUGAGCUAUAAUACACUGACAGACAUUUUCCGUGAAGUUAAAGGGAUUAUUGAGGCAAUGUAAAAUCAGCCAGAAAGAGAACACUUGGAACCAUCUCCUAACUCUGUCACACUGUGCAUCCCUGAAGAGCCGUGUAUAAUGUUUUGGUCAUUGCAGUGUGAACAUUAUACAUUACAUCUUUAAAUGAUGUUACCUGUGUCAGGCUCUAGGUUUGAGCUAGACCAUUUUUGGUGUGUCAAAUGAAUGUUAUGUCUUGAGCUGAAGAUGUUUGUUGAUUUUUGUCUUGUCUAGAUUGGCACAUAUAUAACAUUUUACUUAAGAUUGUGAACCAGUUCAUCAUGAGUAAGCUAGCUUGUUCAUUAGUUUCUAUGCAGGUCUAUUUGUGGUCUCAAUUGUCAAAAAAGGAAUUAUCUUUGAAUUUGUUAUCUAAUUACAGAAAUAAAGCAUAUACACACAAAUAGAUAACUAUCAUUACCUGGAAUGUGUAUCUAUUUGCUCAUUGCCACUUGUGCCCUCUAGACACAUAGAGGAGACAGGGAUUAUAGUCCAUUGAAGAGGAACUCUUUUCUCCCUGUUCCAGCUGCACCAGAUUUUCAUUCUACAACGCAGAAAUGGCCCUGAAUCUCAAACAAAAUGUUCAUUUUUCUAUUUUGCUGCUACAAUUUUGCUUAAAUUGUCAGGCUAUUCCAUUUAUAGCAGAAUCAUCUGACAGAAGAGAAGGGAGGCAGAUGUAGGAGGAACAUAUUUCUUUAAUACCCACACUGUCAGAUACUAUGUUGCACUUACAAGUUUUUUUUUCCUCUUGCAGUGAUUCUGUGAGCUAAGUAGUUGUAUUCUUACUAAAACUCAUUUUUGUGGGUACCCUCCAGUGAGAAUUGGAGAGAGUAAAUACUUUUUCCUGGAUUCCCACAGCAGGCAGCUAGCACAGGUGUUUUGUCUGACAUCAAAACCCAUCUCACCCUACUGCUUUACAGUCCUUCACUUUUUAGGUAUUUGCCUUCCAAGCUCAGAAACUGUUUGGUCUUAGUGGUUAAUUUUGUAUUGCACAAUGUCCCUGCCAAGUUUUGUAGUUGUUAACCACCUCCAAAUAGUCUUAUCCAUUAGGCCUCUAUCUCUACCUAUCUGAAUGUCAGGAGAAAAGUCUGAGAUGAAUGUAUGGACUUUACCUGGCAGUAUCUGGGACGUGGUAGGUGUUAAAAACUGUACUGAAUUAAUGAGAUAUAGUUUUAGAGUCAUCAGCAAGUGAAACUUGCAAUAUAUCUUUAUCUUUUUCUGUCCAUAUUUACAUUUUUUCAAACAGCUGGAAUCAUUCUGUACAGUGUUUUAUGCCCUGCAUUUUCAAAUGUAAUUGCUUUCUUCUCCCAUGUAAAAUUAUACCUCCAUUUUCCUUUUUUUAAGAUUUAUUUAUUUAUUUGAAAGGCAGAAUUACAGAGAGGUAGAGGCAGAGAGAGAGGUCUUCCAUCCACUGGUUCACUCCGCAGAUGGCUACAACAGCUGAAGCUGCACUGAUCCAAAGCCAGGAGCCUCUUCCCAGUCUCCCAUGUGGAUGCAGGGGCCCAAGGACUUGGGUCAUCUUCUACUGCUUUCCCAGGCCAUAACAGAGAGCUGGAUCAGAAGUGGAGCAGCCAGGACAUAAACUGGCACCCAUAGGGGAUGCCAGCACUGCAGGCAGUGGCUUUACCUGCUAUGCCACAGCACCGGCCCCCCCACUCCAUUUUCUUUUACUAUUUGUAAUUUACUCUUCUGUGUGUCAUAAGAAAGGCCAAAAGGCUCCAUAUUUUACAAGUAGGCAAACCCAGUUUCUGCACUUGUACCAUCUAAAACUAUAUAGAAUGAGCUGUAGCUUCAACAACUGAAUAGGAAAACUGAGAGGGAGGCUGUUCUCGUAACCUCCAAUGUAGUGAUUCCUGAAUGCCUUUGUAGUCCAGAAAAUAUUCCUAAGACCAUUGGGUUAUGGCUGAGUUUUCUAAAAUUCCUGUUAGGAAUUGCAAUCCCUGGUCUAACCUAAAGUCUCUGUGCAAAUAUCAAGUCAUAUGCUUUGAGAUUUUCAGACAGUUAAACUAAAACAAAAUAAUCUGUAAGUACUGUUUGUAGCUUGCUUCACCCUCUAACUGUAUAUUUUGGAAAUCUUUCCAUGUCCGUAGAUAUGCUUUUCAAACAUAUAUUUUACUCAAUGCUUUUUGUAAUAUUAAUAGUUGGUAUACAGUGUUGUAAUGUUUCAUAGCAUAUUCUCUUAAUAUAUAUGUACAAAUUUAUUCUUUUACAAAAAUAGGAGUAUAGAAUUCUGCAGCUUGCCUUUCUCUUGUAAGUUAUCUGUCCAAUUUAGUAUUAUACAGAUCUACCAUGUGCUUUUUAUUUAAUAGCUUGAUUGAUAUUUAUUGACAUACAUGUAUUUAUUAACAUAUAUUAAACUGCUUAAAAUGUACAGUUUGAUAAGUUUUGACAUGUACACUCAUGAAACUAUAAACACAAUCAAAAUAGUGGACAUAUCUAUCACUCUGAAAAGUUUCUGAAUGUCUCUUUGUAAUCCUUCCCUUCUACCUCUCUUUGUGUUCCCCUACCCCCAGUGAUAGUCUCUGACAACAUAAAAGAAUCCACACAGUCAUUGGUAUUUUCUGUAAAUGUGUAUAAAUAGAGUGAUAUAAUAUGUACUCUUUGGGGCAGGGAUCUUACAUAGUUCAUUCAUGAUUAUGUGAUGUUCAUCCAUGUUAUGUGUCUCAGUAGUCCAUUGCUUUUUAUUGAAAAGCAGUAUUCUACUGUAUGAUUUUUCCAUAGUUUAUUUAUCCUUUCACCAGUUGUUGGACAUUUGAGUUGUUCAGAUUUGGGCUGUUACAAAUAAAGCUGCUGUAAACAUUUGUGUACAAGUAUUUCUAUGGACAUAUGUUUUCAUUCCUCUUGGAUAAAUACCUAUGAGUAGGAUGACUGGGUCAUAUCAUAGGUAUACAUUUGACUUUUACAUUUUCCGAAGUGGUUGUACCAUUUUAUACUCCCACAUUAGUGAAUGACAUGUAUGAUUUCCCCAUAUCCUUGCUAACCCAUAGUAUGUCUGUUUAGUUUUAUCAAAAUGUCAUUGUGGUUCUAGUUUGCAUUUUUAUAUGCAUAUUUACCACUCAUAUAUUUUGGGUGAAGUAUAUGUGAACCUUCUACCCAUUUCUUUUAAAAUUAGAUUGUUGAUUUGUGUUGUUUUUUGGAGUUACAAUCAACAAAUUCGUCUUAAUACAAAUACUGGCAUUGGCCAUACAAUUUUAGAAGAUUGAUUUAAUACUGAACUGCUCAAACUUGUUCACGGAAACAUUUUGACUUGGAUUAAUGCUUUAUAUCCCCACAUAUACAUUAAAAAUUCCACACACUAAUGAAAAUGGUACACUGCCAGUAACUGAUUUCUGUCACCUAUUUUUUCACUCACAAUCAUAUAUUUUAGGCACCCUUUGGUGCCAUGGGAAAAAGAAAGUUCAGAACUUCCAAUAACCGGAGGAAGAGAAAAAGUUGUUUUGAGAAUGAAAUGAUUCUUGACAUUGUAGAUUUUUAAGUAUGUUCUCUGUGUAUGUAGCAUGCUAGCUGAUGUCUUUUGGCAUAAUUUUUAACAUGUUUUUCAUGAAUAGGACCCACGUUGGGGUCCUCCCAAAAGCCAGAUAAAUCUCACUUACCUCCUGCAAAAUACCAACAGCUGUGCUUUAGAAGCACCAAUCUGCUUUAAUGUUCUGAGCAGUUUCUCAAAAUACACACUAGACGGGGAGUUUGUGAAUCAGAAAUUCAGUCUAAUUUCAUGAAGUGUGGCAGUAGCAGACUUGUAUCAAGGUUUCUUCACCCCUCUAGUAUUCUACAUAAGUGGAGGGCACACCCUGGCCAUUGGCUUUAGUAGCCCCGUGCUUUAUUGUGGAUGGAUUUGUGGGCAAUUUGCUUGUGAGAGUCAGGUUAUAAAGACCUCUUUACUUACCCCAUUCUUUGGCUGGAGCUCAGUGACCUUGAAAAGGUGCUGGCGUCAGAGAGCAGCUAUGUCCUAGAGGCAGCUGCAAGUACUUGUUGAGUUUCAAGGUUUUAAAAAUAUAGACAGUAGAUACAAGCCCAUUAUCAGAUACAUGUUUUGCAAAUAUUUUCUACUAGUGUGUGGGUUAUCUUUAUUAAAAUGCUUUUCAAAGAGAAGUUUUUUGUUACAUCUUUCCUUUUAGAAAUUUAUUUUUCCUUUUAAGAUUUAUUUAUUUAAAAGGCAGAGUUACACAAAGGCAGAGAGAGAGAGAAAGUCUUCCAUCUGCUGGUUCACUCCCCAGAUGGCCGCAAUGACCGGAGCUGUGCUGAUCCGAAGCCAGGAGCCAGGAGUUGGGCCAUCUUCCACUGCUUUCCCAGGCCAUAGCACAGAGCUGGAUUGGAAGCGGAGCAGCCAGGACUCUAACUAGUGCCCUCAUAGGAUGCUGGCACUGCAGGCAGUGGCUUUACCCGGUAUGCCACAGCUCUGGCCCCAGUUCAGUGUUUCUGUGUACCUCACAGUCAUUUUCUCCUGUUACUACCAUGUUGCAUUAGUAUGGUGCCUUUAUCACAAUGAACCUGUAUGUGUUCAUUAUUAUGAACGAAAUCUGUACUUUAUUCAGACUUUAUUAGUUUUUGUCUAAUAUCCUUUUCCCAGUUCUCCAAGAGACUGCCGUAUUAUGGUCGUCACAUCUCUAGGCUCUUGGCAAUGACAGUUUCUUAGACUUUCAUUAAUUUAAAUGGCCUAGAUAGUUCUGAGAGGUACUUGCCAGAACUUUUGUUGAUUGCCCAUCAGUUAAAUUUGCAUGAUGUUUUUCCCCUCAUUAGGCAUGAUUAUGAGUUAGCCAUAUAUUAAUGUGAAUUAUCACUGUUUGUGUUGAUCUUGAAGUGUUUGUUAGGCUUCUCUAAAGUAACUCCCAACCUUCCUUUUCCACAAUCCACUCUUUGGGAAAACAUCACUACAUAUAGUCCACGUUUAAGGAGUGAGGUGUUAUUCUUCACCUCCUUGAAAUUCCUCUGUAUGGGAUAUUUGUCUGUUCAUCCUCAUUUGUUUAUUUGGUCAUUUAUUUUUGUCAGUAUUGACUCAUAGACAUUCAUUUAUACUUGGAUUAUAAUGCAAUACUACUUUAUUUUGUUAAUAAAAUUGUUCCAGCUUUGUCCCUGGGGAGCUCUUUUGGUUGACUCUUGUGUACCUUUGACAUACCUUCUACAUUAUUGUGGUGUUAGUUUCUCUCUUUUUUAAAGGUUUAUUUAUUUACUUAUUUGAGAGAGAGAGAGAAUAUCUUCCAUCCCCUGAUUCACCUUGCCAAAUUGCUGUUAAGUCCAGGGCUGGGCCAAGCCAAAGCCAGGAACCAGGUGUCGCUCCCCCUCUUCGUGGAGGAACAACACUAAACCCUGCGCUGUUCUUUUGUCUGCUCGGCCCUUCCCGGGUUUGCUGCUGGUCCUUCCCGGGUUGGCUGCCGAUCCCUCCACCUCCGUGGAGGGGCGGCUCCCCCUGCCACUUUCCCCACUUCCGCGGGGGAGCGGCACACCGCUGGCCAGCUCUCUCGGGGGCUGCUCAGAUGUUAUCCGGAUGUUCCUGGUGCAUGUUGUCUCUCUCCUCCUUUAUAGUCCUCUUCCACCAAUCCCAACUCUGCUACCCACAUGCCGAGCACGCUGCUCUCCUCCAAUCAGGAGCAAGAUCAGCUCCUGCAGCUCAUCAGUCAAAUUGGCGAGAGGCAGCUGUGUAGAAGUUGUUUACUCCUCUCCCAGCGCCAUAUUGUAGGAGAGCAGAUGCAUAGAAUAAGUCUUAAUUCCAGUAACUAGUCUAGUCCGAGUUGCUCCCCACACCAGGAACUUGAUCCCAGUCUCCCACAUGGGUGCAGGGGCCCAAGUUCUUGAGCCAUCCCCCAAUGCUUUUCCAGGCUCACCAGUAGGGAACUGGAUUGGAAGUGGAGUAGCCAACAUUUGAACCGUCACCCACAUGAGAUUCUGUUGUCGCAGGGGGCUAUCCAACCUGCUAUGCCACAGUGCCAGCCCCAGUUUCUCUCUUUUUUUUAAUGCAAUAAAGAAAUGUUAGAACAAAAUUUCUAGUGUAUAAACAUGUUGGAAACCAUACAUAUGGAUAACAUUUGUUGUUUGGAGCUGAGAGUUUCAUUAUGGAACCCACACAACAGUAUCAAAGCUGUGGAUGGAGACUAGCAUUGUGAUACAGCAGUUUAAGCCACACCUGGCGUGCUGGCAUGCCAUAUGAGCACUGAUUUGAGUUCCACUGUCCUGCUCCUGAUCCAGUUCCCUACUAAUGUGCUGAGAAAGCAGCAGAAGGUGGCCCAAGUGCUUGGACUCCUGCCAACCAAAUGGGACACUUGGAUGGAGUUCCAGGCCCAGGCUUCAGCUUGGUCCAGCCCUGACCAUUGCAGCCAUUUUGGGGAAUGAACCAGUGGAUGCAAGAUACUUUCUUUCUCUCUCUUUCUCUCUCUCUCUUUCUGCCUUUCAACUAAAUAAAUCAUUUUUAUCUUCUGAAUGUUAUAUUUUAUUUGUGUAUACAUACAUACACAAUUUAUAUCUAAAUAUUUAAAUAACUCCUAAAACCCAGUAAUAACCCAUGUCUCAAAAAUUGGCUGAUUAUCUGACCAGACACUUCAUCAAGAAAAUAUAUAGAUGAUAAAAAAUUACAUAAACAUAUUCAACAUAUUCAUUAGAGAAAUGCAAGUUAAGACCACAAUGAGACACUAGUAUAUAAAAAUGUUCACAUCAAAUAUUUCUGAGGAUGCUGAGAAACUAGAAUCCUCAUACACUGCUUGUAUGAAUAUAAAAUUAUACAACUACUUUGGAAAAACAGUUUAGCAAUUUUUAAAACAAAGUUAAAUGUAUACCUAUUAUAUGAUCCAGCCAUUCCUAUUCUAGAUAUUUGCACAAGAGAAAUAGAAGGAAAUUUCCAUUAAAAAUUGUAUGUGAAUAUUCAUAGCAGCCUUAAUAUAAUAAUCCCCAAAUGGAACCAAUCCAAAUAUUCAUCAUAUGGUGAACAGAUGGAUUAAACAAGCUGUGGUGGGGCUGAAAUUGUAGCACAGUGGGGAAAACCACCACCUCAGUGCAGCAUCCCAUAUCAGAGUGCUGGUUUGAGUCUUAAUGUUAAGCCAAAUACCUGCCCCAUUUUUCCCACUUUUAAAUUGGGUUAUUUAUUUUCCUGCUAUUUAGUUGAGUGGGUUUUUCCCAUAUUUUGGAUAUUAAUUCUUUUUCAGUUAUAUGGUUAGUAAAUAUUUUAUCCUGUUCUGUAUACUGUUUCUUCACUUUGUUGAUUUUUUUCUUUGCAGAAAUUUUUUUAGUUUGAUAUAAUCCCAUUUUUUUAAUUUUCCCUGUGCUUUUGGACUCGUAUUCAAAAAAUCCUUCCCAGUCCAUUGUUAUAGAUCUUCAUCUCUACUUUUUAUUUUAGUAUUGUUAUAGUUCCAGGUCUUCAUGUUUAAGGCUUUAUUCUAUUUUGUGAAGAUGUUUGUAUAUGCUAUAAAAAAGUGGAUCUAACUUAAUUGCUCUCUGUGUGGAUAUACAGUUUUCCCAGCAUCAUUCAUGGAAGAGACUGUUCUUUGCCCCAUUGUAUGUUCUUGGCACACUGCUGCUGAAAAUCACUCAGCUGUAAAUACAUGAAUGUAUUUCUGGCCUCUCUGUUCUGUUCUAUUGAUUUAUGUGUCUGUUUCUAUGCCAGUAAGGUGCUGUUUUGAUUACUAUAGAUUUAUAGUUUAUUUUGAAGUCAGGUAGUGUGAUGUUCCAGUUUUGUUCAUUUUGCUCAAGAUUGUUUGGGAUAUUUGAGGUUUUUUUGUGAUUCCAAAUGAUUGUUUACAUGGUUGUUUUUCUAUUUAUGUAAAAAACGUCAAUGGAAUAUUGGCAGAGCUUACAUUGAAUUUGUAGUGCUUUUUCGGUAUUAGGCACAUUUUACCAAUAUUAAUCCUUCCAAUCCAUGGGCAAAGGAUAUCUUCCCAUUUGUGUCUUCGCUAAUUCUGUUCAUCGGUUUUUUAUACGUUUUCAUGUAGAGACCUCCUUGAUUAAAUUUAUUUUCUAGUA